GUUUUUUGAUUUGGCAUAAAAUUAAUAAGAAAAUCAAGUCGGCCGUGUUCGAAAAUUUUGUGGAAACUUGGUAGUCCUUGACAAAAACUACAUCAGUGAUUGAUUGACAGCGAAUCUUUCGAAAGAUGGCGCAAUUCGGAGGAAUCGACUCGGAGUGUGUUUGCCGACGACAGUGAAUGAAGAGUUGCCAUAGUGAAGGGUGUCGUGUGUUAUUCGCCUAAUUAGGUUUUUGUCAAUCAAAUGUCAUUGUAGUGAUGUGAUCAAAGUGGGCUCUGAUGCGGUCCGUAACGCGAAGUAGUCGUCGAGUGAAGUGUAACCACAGUAACCGCUAGCAACAGCCACCGAAGCAGCGAUGAAGUCCCAACAGAACGUGCCGGAUGCGAUACCGGCGGUUGUGGCGCAGAUGAUCCUGGGGAGCAUCGAUGCGAACAACCACUCGCAGAACGUGGAUUAUAGCAGUCCGGUGCUGAAACCGGUGGUGGCACGAAUUUAUCCGGUUUUUAUUCUGCUGUAUUUUAUUCCGGCCGCGCUGGGAAUCGCCUCGAACGUGCUGGUCGUGAUGUACAUCAGCAAGUACAAAUUGUAUCGGGAGGCGACGCAGGCCUUCAUGGUCAAUCUGGCCGUGUGCCACAUAGUGCAGUGCGCGUUUGUGCUUCCGAUCACGCUGAUGGUGAUGCUGAUCCAGAACUGGAUCUUCGGGCAGUUCCUGUGCUUCUUCCUGCCGCUGCUACAGGACAUCCCGCUGCACGUCGCCAUGAUUUCCCAUCUGUUGAUAGCGUGGGACCGGAAGCGCUGGCUGACGGACCCGCUCAAGGCCCGGCUGCCGGCGUUUGUGUGCAGCUGCGCCUCCUGGCUGGCGGGGAUGGUGAUUGCGCUGCCGUAUCCGAUCUACACCACAUAUCUGGAUCUGGGGUCCCAAAAACCUCCUGUGGCACCUAUGGAAAGCUCGUAG